GAAGUCAGUUCAGGCCACACAUGGAACUGAAUCCUAUGCCAAGAUUUCUCUCACCUUCCUGAUACUUGGCUGGCAGUGAUCACUUUUUUUUUAGUGCCAAUGGAGGUGUUCUUGUCACUCUGAGGGCAGCAGGAGCAACACCCAUUAGACCUCCUCUCCAGGCCACGAUGACUCAUGUGGAGUGACCAGCAGCAGCUAGUGUUUGUGUUGGGUGCGUCCAGCUGCCAGCAGGGAUGGACACCACGGCAAACAAUCACAAAAUGUCCAAGCAAAAGAAGAAGGGAAAGCCUCCUCCCCCUCCAGGGUCGGAGUCGGACCAGAGUGUUGACACCAAUAGCCUCUCAGCCGAGUCUCAAGAGGCUGGCCGGUCACCAAGCUCGACCCACAAGAUCACAAGCAAGAAAGGAGAGUGGGAAAUCUUGGAGGGGCUCAAAGAAGGACAGAGGUUUGAUUUCGUUCCUCGGAAAUUUGAAGGAUUCCUCUUAAAGCGACGCAAGUGGCCCCUGAAGGGAUGGCACAAGAGGUACUUUGUGCUAGACCGAAGUGUACUAACUUAUGCCAAGUCUGUUGGGGACUUGAUGCGUGGCAAGAUCUUGGGCAGGAUGGACAUUGGUAUGUCUGUUAUUUCCACAAAGGCUCGGCGCCGACGCAUUGACAUUGAUGCUGACACCUUGAUCUUCCACUUGAAGUGUAAGUCGAGGGAAGUGUACCUGCAGUGGGUGGAGCAGCUGAAGCAACACAGACUCCACAAGCAGCACCAGAUCCUCUACAGCAAAGACCAGAACAAGCUCACAUCCCCCACCUCCCCCUCAGAUGACUCCCCAACAGCAGAGUCUCUUGUGCCAGGAGGGAGAACCUCAUUGCCAGGCUCUCUGCCAGGCUCUCAUCAUGGCACCAUGGGCAGGGAGACCAAGACUGGCACUGGCACCACCCUCACCGGGGCUGCUGCAGAUGCUGACCCUAUACAGAGCCCUUGUUCCCCUCUGUAUGGAGUAUGCCUGUCAUGUUGGGGAGGGUUCCACCCUCACAACAGUAUGCAGCAGGGAGCUGGAACACUGCGGUCAUGGCUCAUGGACAACUCUGGGUUGGAGCAACUGGGGAAGGAGAUCACCACCACCCAUCACCAUGUCCAACAGCUGGCUCGCCUCCUUGACUCUAUUGAACACCAGGAUGAUGUCAGUCAUGGCGAACCAGCAACGCCCUCAACAAAGUCUCGGAGAAAGUUCCGCCUUCGUAAACAUAAGUCCAGCAAGUCAACCAGCGGGGAAUUGCCACUGUCUGCCAGCCCUGGGAAGGGAGGACCUGAUCAGGUGGAUGCUGCUGUCCCUUCCCUGCAUCCAUAUUGGUUCUGGAAUGAAACGGUUGAUGGAAACCUGUGUGAGCUGAGGCCCCUGAGCAGUAGCAACCCAACCCUGGCUAUGCACAACGCGGGCUGGCACUCCUCCGUCUCCCGGCCCCACAGCUAUUCUGAUGCCUCCACAGCUGCUGGGGGAUCGCAGCCUCCUAACACCCCCUCCCCUACCUCCCAGUCACAUCACCCCGCCCCCAUCCCCCCCACCAUCACACUGUCCAUGGAGAGCACCUCCCGGGAAGACUUCACCAUCCUCGCCAAAGAAAUUGUGAGCCAGAUUGGACAAGUCUUGCGAGGACUCCAGACUGAGCGUGAGAAGCUCCGUCAAGCAUUGGAAUCAGAAUCAAACCUUUUGGCCUCCCACAACACCACUGCCAUCAUUGCUGCUCUCAGAAACAACUUGAACCAGUCACUGCAACAAAAUGCAGAGUUACGAGGACGUUUAGCCAGGAUUCAUGCUGACUCCGACCUGUCAGAAGUAUCUGUGCCACCAUCUAUGUCUGAGUUGCUUCACAAGUCCCUUCACACCUCCCUGUCAUAUGAAAGUAGCUCAUGCUUCAGUGCCUCAGAGUAUUUUGAUGCUGCUGAUGCAUUUAGUGAUGCAGGAGCCACUGACACCAGCUCUGAGGCCUCAUCUGACAACAGCUCCUUUACUAGUGAAGCUAGUGAUGCCGGCACUGAUGCCCACCCCAGUGUGGCUGACAGUGAGGAUGUCACUGCUGAGAUUGAGGAGGACGGGAAAUGCUUCACUGGCCGGCGGACACGUCUGCCAGCUCCUAAGCCUCUCACCGAGGACUUUUCAGUGUGGAAUUUCCUUUACAAGAACAUUGGGAAAGAUCUGUCCAAAGUAUCCAUGCCCGUCACCCUCAACGAACCUCUCAACUUGCUGCAGCGAAUGUGUGAGGAGCUAGAGUACAGUGAACUCCUGGACAAAGCUGCUGGCAUGGAUGAUGCUGGUGAACGCAUGGUGCUGGUGGCUAGCUUUGCUGUGUCUGCCUAUGCCUCCUCAAUAUACCGUGCUGCUCAUAAGCCCUUUAACCCACUCCUUGGUGAGAGUUUUGAGUGCAUCAGGGAGGACAAAGGCUUCAGAUUUGUGGCAGAGCAGGUGAGCCACCAUCCUCCAGUCAGUGCAUGCUAUGCCAAGAGUCACAACUUCACCUUCUGGCAGGAUGUGCGUAUCAAGACUAAGUUCUGGGGCAGAUCACUAGAGUUUCAGCCAACAGGCAAGGUACACCUUGUAUUGCGAGAAGAUUUGGAGUCUGUCAUGGAAGACCACUACGAGUGGAACAAAGUGACCACAUGUGUGCACAACCUGUUUGGAGGAGGCCAGCGCUGGGUGGACCAGUACGGGGAGAUGAUCAUUAAGAACACCAAUAAGGGCCUCACUUGCAAGAUGUCCUUUGUGCGGGCCAGUUCAUGGUCAUCCAAAAGACAUGAAGUGUUUGGCAGUGUAACUGACUCCUCUGGCCAAGUGUUGCACAACCUGUUUGGUAAGUGGACUGAGGCUCUGUACUGUGGCCACGCCCCCUCGGCCAAGGUGGUGUGGCGGCCAGGCAGCAUGCCUGAGGAUUUCCAUCUCUACUUUGGCUUCACUAGGUUUGCCAUGGAGCUUAAUGAGCUGGAUGAAGACCAAGCCAAGUACCUGCCCCCUACAGACACAAGGUUCAGGCCAGACCAAAGGUAUCUUGAAGAAGGGAACAUGUCUGCAGCUGAGCUGCUCAAAACACAGCUGGAGCAGCAACAGAGAGAAAGGCGCAAGCAGCGGGAGGAGAAAGGGGAGGAGUAUGUGCCCAUGUGGUUCAGGCGAGAGCAAAUUGACAACAAUGAGGAGUCAUGGGUGUUCACCGGCGAGUACUGGAACAAACGGAAGGACCCGGGCUUUGUUAACAUGACCUUUGACAAGCUUUGGUAGGCCUGGCUAAGGGAUCAUGACCCUAAGUGUUGAAAUGUGUCAUAUUACAGAAAACUUGUGUUGAAGUAAAUUUUUGGCAGGAAUUAUUUAUUGAUAGUUUUAUAACAAUCAAGAACUUUGCAUCAUUGUGGGUGAUGUAAGUGAGCAUUUAUGAAAAAAAAAUGUGAUCAUCCUGUUAUAGAAAACUUAUUUUGAAGUAAUUUUUUAGUGAAGAGUUUUGAUGAAAUUUUGUAGCAGUCGGUAACUCUGCAUCACUGUGGGUGAACUUGUAAGUUGUGACAGUAGUUGGUCAAGUGAACAUUUAUGAUAAUUUGAUCAAAUGUCAUCAUAUAAUCCUACUGAACUGGUGUAAGCUUCAAGCACAGUUCCUGGAAACACAUGAUGAAUAUCCAUCACAUGAGAUACCAAGUGCACUUUGUGUUCUGAAGUGUUGUCAAGCAUAUAUCUAACUCCAUGAUAGGACAUGUACCUCACCCACUUGCUAUGUGUACAUUUGUUGUAAACUAAGAGAAGUUAUUAAUUUGCAGGAGCCAUUAUUUUUUUACAUACCAAUAUACAAAAUUUUUGGGCCAUAAAAUUUUCUUGGCUCUUCAGUAACAAAGGUUUCCCAAAGAAUAAUUGUCUUUUGGGCAGGUAAGGUUCAGGGUGAAGGCCACUCAAAAUAUCUCUCUAUUUGUCAGUGAUUGCUUCUAAAGCUUUGCAUGUGACAUUUAAUGUGUUCAUUCUGUCCUUGGCCCAACAUGUAUUCAGAUCCAAUCCCAGUGCCAGAGUUAGAGAGAAAAUAUUGUUUAUGAUUUGAUUAUUACUAUGAAAAUGAGGUCAACAUUCAUUGGGAUGAGAUUUUUAUCCUGAACAAAGAAACUUAAAAAAAUCUCAUCACAAUCUCCAAGGUCAACAGUGAUUUUAUAGUUAUUUUAAGCAUUGAAAAGCUUUCAUUACUUUCCCUCAGCCACAAGUGUGUAUCAUGAGCCCCGUGUGCUUGCAUUCUACUGAAAUUAAAAUAAGUCCCUGCUCUCUGCUGGAAGCUGGUGGCAGUGACAAUGGCAUGUCAGGCACAUAUUAUGGACUAAGAGUAAUUUGGGAAAACCAAAAUUUUGGGACUGCCUCUGGCAAACCUCCUGUUUACCUUCCUUUUAAGGUUUAAAUAAUACUUAAUAGGUUAACAAUAUUGAUUUUUCAACUAGAUUUUGAACAGAAGAUUUUGUGUGGCUUGAGGAAUGAGUAAACAUACUUGUGCUGGUUGUGAUCUGCCUCGAGGCACACCACAUGAUGCUGUGAGAUAAGUCGCUGGUUAAGUCAUCCACAUUGGUUGGAAUGAAUGAAUCUACUUUAGAGUUGAAAUAUAAAUAAUAUUGUGCAUAAUAUACUGACUUACAGAGGAUGUUUAUAUUUUAAAAUGUAAUUCAGUCUGCAAUGCAAUUCUGCACUUUUGACAGCCUCACUAAAUUUCCACUAUAGGUUUAAAAUUUUCUAUAUUGUGGCACUAUUUUUAUAGAUUUUCCUUUGCAAAAAUUCAAUAUAUAUAUAUAUAUAUAUAUAUAUAUAUAUAUAUAUAUAUAUAUAUAUAUAUAUAUAUAUAUAUAUAUAUAUAUAUAUAUAUAUAAAACAAAGAGCUUUAACUUAACACAUUUCUCAUAUGAAUGACAACUAUUAAGAACUUUUGCCACUUUCAAUACCCAGCUGAGUGCACAGGCUCUCUUUUACAUUUAUGAAUGAAACCAUACUUUGGUGCAGUCUCUUCAAUUUCAUAUUCGAUCUACUACUUUUCUUUUUUGUUUAGUUGGUCUUUUGUUUUAGACAUUUUAUAUCUGAUGUCUGCAGAUUGUUAGAACUGUGUAGUUAAAGCAUUUUUUGUUUGCAUCACCAGGUACACUCACUCUGCUGAAAGUGCUAAUCUGCUAGUUGGGUCAGCAACUGAGGCUGUGACCUGUUAGUCAUGUGGCCAAACCUCAGCUUGAGACGUGAGGUAGCACUUAUAAUGAGGCGAUGGGGACUAUCAUAAAGGGCUCACCAGUAGGGUUGAUGACGAACCAUUUAACCUGGUGGAAAUGUGGAAUGUCCACAGUACUUAAGCCCAGCACCCAGCUCCCUGUGAAUGGCAGGGAGACCCCCUGUGUGCUGCCUUGUGAGGCUUUUGUUACUUUGACUUCCUUGUUGGGGGUCCAUUUGGUGUUCAUGGUAUUGAUAUUGAAAGUGGUUCUAUUGAGUGGUUUGUGUAAUAAUAAUUAUGAUACUGUUGUGACAAAGGAUUAUUAUUUAUUCAGAUUAUACAGCUUUAUCCACUUCAUACUGCUUGUACUUUCUUUGGUACAAACUCUUGACACUUUAUGCAGUUGUACUAAUAAUAUUUGUGCACUCAGGAAAGGAGGCUUUCAUUCUGCUUUAGCAUUAAGGCGUAUCAUAAUUUUCUCGUCUAGUACUACAUGUAUUGAUAAGUGGUCCAAAAGGUUUUACUGAGCCUAGUUCAUAGUUGAAUAAUAUUAAUAUUUAUGAUAUUUGUGUCUGUUAUUUUUUAUAUUUAUGCAGAGUUUAGGAAGAAAAUUAUUCUUUGUUAAUGUUUCAUUUUAAUGCUGAAUUUGACAUAAUGAAAUUUACAUUGUCACAAUAAAAAGUGUACUUAAUAACAAUGUUCCAUAUGUUUACAUAAGAUUUUUUGUGGUACCUUUUGCUUUGAACAGACUUACUUGCAAGCAGGUUAAACUAUAAUUUUCUUUUCCCUAAAUUUCCUUAACCAUCAGUCAAGAUAGACAGAAGCUACUGCUAGGGAGGGAAAAGCUUUUUGCAACUCCUCUUCUCUUCUCUCUCUCUCUCUCUCUUUGAAAUCUGUAAAUCCUAUGCUGGAGAAUCAGUUUUUUCUCUACAUCUUUAAGCAUCUAAUCAUUCCUUACCAUUAUUCAUAUUUGUUUUGUCAUGUGCAUCACUAAGGUGCUGAAUUCUUUCCUCUGCAUUCCCUCUUCAUAUUGGUGGCCUUGGUAUCACUGUGUCCCUCUGCAGUGUAAAAUAUUAACCCUUUCCUCUCACUUUGGUGUCAAUAUGUACAUGGAUUGCCUCUAUUUUCAUAUUCACAUUUCAAGCGCAGUUUUAUAAAUAUGUCUGUGUACUCUCUGUGGUCGUCAUAAUCAUGAGCAUCAAAUUCCAGGCCUUUGCAAAACAUUUCUAUUGUCAGGUUAUUUUAUACUGAUUCACUCAUAUUAAGGGACACCAUCUUGCAUAUUUUAUUUUUAUUAAUGGUAAAGAUGACACACUUUUCCUUUUGCCUCAUAUUCUUUCUAACACAACUCACCUUAAGGAUCUUUGUCAUCUCACUGCAUUAUAUUCUGCAUAUCUCAGUGAACAGGCAACAUCCCUUAUUAACUUGAUUGUGUGCUUAUUGCAAGUUAACUAUUUUAUGACUGUCAUUAGUGCAAUUUCAUGUUACAGGCAUAUUCUAUUAGCUCAGUGACAUGAGAAGUUCCUUGUAUUCUUUUAAGUUAGUGCUGACAGCAUCAACAAUCUGGUUUCCCCUUUCUUCCAUCUGUGGUUACAAAGUAGCCUCAUGCACUCAAAGAACUCUUUAUGGCAAAGAAAAUGAGCAAGGGUAAAAAAGAAGUGACAAAAAAGAUGCCUGCAACACACUGCUCCCAGAAGAAUACAGAUGCAGAUAAGGAUGAUGUUUAGACUGGGAAUGUUAUUUAUUUUACCUGUAGUCAAAGCAUUAUUCAAAAGCCUGGAUAUUGGAUCCUAUCUCUGCAUGAGUCCCAGAGAAACUAUACUGGAAUAUGUCCCAUUCAGAAUAAGGUUGAUGAAAAUCCAGCCCACAAAAGUGGACAAUCCAUUUUACCCAUUCUUUUAUUCAAUGAACUUUGAAUCAUGUUUAUGUCAGUGGGAAAUCAGGUUGUUGGUGAUGAUAUUGACAGUGGCAUCUCAUCAUCCUCAGCAUGGGAGUUAAUGUGACUUCUCACUGCUGGUGAUAGUUUAUGCUCACUUCAGAUAACAAUUCAUGGUUGUGAAUCUCAGAAAAGACAUUACUACACUUAACUGUCAAUAAUUUGGCAUGUUCAGGAGCCUUGCCUUGAUGAGCUGUCAGAUAAAACAAACUAUUUUCAUGACUUUUUUCUUUGAUGUACGGUUUGAACAACAGUCUGCAACUAAUUAAAUCUGUUGUCUAUGCAGAUUUAUGUACAAUAUUGACACUGCUUCCUGUCUGUUGGAGAAGCAUACUUUGUGAAUGCCAAAAUCAAUGUGUUGUGUCCAGUGAAGAGUGAGGGGAAGCAGUAACGUCUUGCUUCAUGGCAGGGUGUGGGAGGAGAACUUCUGAAUAUAUCAUUAAUACAACACAAGUGAAUCUUUACACAAUCUGAAAUGAACUGAGGCCUGAAAACAUUCUAUUCAAGUUGAAUUAUAUAAUCCAGUCCACUUGCCAUAGAUAGGUGUUAAAAUUGUUAGCUUCCACUCCGCAAUAGUCUCGCUGAAAACACAUGCAAGAAGCUUUGUAGUUGAUGUGCACAGGCAGACACAUGGAGAAUUAAUGGUUAGUGGGGAGCCUUUUGCAGAGGUUCAUUUGCUCCUGUUGAUGACUGACAGCAACACCAUGAGGAACUGAUUCAUAGCAAGUCACUCUGAGCACUGUCAAAUUAUUGAAUUUUCAGUGUUUAACGAGAACAAUAAAUAUCUAGGGCCAUCAGUGUACUAGUGUAUGAAAUCAUAACCUAUAAGUAAUGUGUUAUACGUAUAUAUCAUAUUGUAGCCUAGUUGUCUUUUUUUAUUUAGAGAAGCAGGCUAUUUAUUGUGGUGGAUGUAAUAUGAAUGACUCAGGCUAAGUCAAAGGAAUGUUAAUUAAGGGAUUCUAUCAUCACAGGAUUGCUGUUAAUACACUGCUCUUUUUAUCUUACAGUACAUAUACACCUACUUUUACCAGGAGUUAUACUGUUUUUCUAUAGUAGCCACUGCAGUUUCAUGCAUACAUACUACACUUUUUAAGAGGCCAUUGAAGAUCUAAUGUAAAAGUGUGGAUGUAGAAGAGCAAACCAAAUAAUUUCAUCUGAAUGGUCAUUGCAACAAGGAACAAUAUAUUAUAAUUAAAUUGGAUAGUUCCAUUUUAUGACAUAAUCUGGGCAUAGAGGAAAUAUUUGCAUUCAUGUGGAAAAUCCAUCAAUUUGUGCUCUCUACAUGGAGGGGGGCUUCGUGGUGCAGUGGUUAGCACACUCGGCUCACAACCAAGAGAGCACGGGUUCGAUUCCCAGGCGGAGUGGAAAAAUUUGGGCAGCUUUUCCGAUACCCUACGCCCCUGUCCACCCAGCAGUGAAUGGGUACUAGGUAUUAAUCGGGGGUUGUGUCCCGUCUCCUGGGAUCUGUUCCCUUCUCCUAUUGUUCCUUCCCCUUCUGUCUCUCAAUGGCAUAUGACCACAGAUGUUGCGCCGACUAAACAAAACUUUCCAACUUUUUCCUCUCUACAUGGACAUUUCAGCACAAGAUUCAAGAGGAUGGGUGCAUUACUUAGAAACUGGUGAUGCAAGUCAUGACUUUAAUCAGAGCUUUCACCGAGACCUAAAUUGACCAUCAGAUAACUCCUGGUAUUUUUUUUGUGGAGAGUGAUCAUAUAAAAGUGAGAUCUGCCUUCCUUGGUGACUCCAACUCAGCCUGCAUCUCAUCAUUCUAUGUUUCAGUCAUUCUCUUUUAUGCUCUUUUAUUCAUUACAAAAUUAUCACUGUCUUAUCUGCUCUGUUCAUUAGCUGAUAAUCUGAGGUCUCAUCCUAGCCACAAGUGUAAGAAUCAGCUGUUGGCAUGUUGCGAGGGUCCGCUAUUGAGUCCAGCGUGGUGUGUGCUGUGAGAGGGAAGCUACAUAGUACAGUGCUGUGCCAUAGCAAAAUUAGGGUCCUUAUCACUGAAUUUGGAAAAGGAAGAAGCUUUGUAGUUUUGGCCAAAAGAGUUUUAUCACAGUAAAAGUUUUUAAACAAUGAAUAGCUUGUUUAUGAAUUUUAUUUGUGAACUUAUUUGUACAUAAUACUGUUCAGCAAUUAAUACGUAGGUAAAGUAAUUUUGUGCAGUGAAGAAAGAUUCCAUUUCUCAACUGAGCAAUACAUCCACAAGUGUCCUAGAGCUUUGCGUAGGUGCUGGUGCUACAAGAGUGUGUCUGUGGGGCCCAUCAACUUGGCUGCAAGAGUUUGCUGAUCAUAGUGGCCAUUGCAUUUUACUAGUUUUAGCCUCUGGUUCAUUGUGACCAGUUAGAAAAACAAUUGUAUGCAAUGUCAUAGGAACUUGAGAGUAAAGGAAAUUUUGUUGUACAAUAUGCCUAUAGGUGAGAAGUAAUGUAAUACACACUCAUGCUUCUUCUUUCUUUGAAUUUGGGCAUCUGUGUGUAUGUAUGUAUGUGUGUGUAUAUAUAUAUAUAUAUAUAUAUAUAUAUAUAUAUAUAUAUAUAUAUCUAUUUAUAUAUAUAUAUAUAUAUAUAUAUAUAUAUAUAUAUAAAUAUAUAUAUAUAUAUAUAUAUAUAUAUAUAUAUAUAUAUAUAUUUCUUUGACAUGGCCUUGCAUAGAACAGUAGAAGAAGUGACAAAGUGAUAAUGAGAAUUUGUUGAUGUCUUUUGGUUUUGAGGCAAAAGAUACACUCAAAGAUUUUAUAAUUACAUGUGAUACAGCUAAAGGGAGUGUAGGUCUGUGCACUGAGACUACUGUAUAAAAUGUCUUGGUGAUAGAUAUUUACUGUAGACGAAUGUUAGAUAUUCUGAACUGUGAUGUAGUAAAGGUUUUUGCAAACUCCUAUGUUGUAAAUUGUAAUUUGCAUGAAUAAAACAGUUUCAUGCCAAGAUCAAUAAAUGAGAAGUGUACAA